AUGAACAGGACACGGUUGGCGUUGACCUCGGUAAGUCGUUCAGUCAUGAACGAGGUCAGCGGGAUCUUCUUCAGUAUUCUUCAGAUUUCGAGCCUGUGCAUGGCGAAGCACAUGACCAGGAACGACAUCAAGCUGAGUAUCGACGGCGACAUCACCAAGUAUGGAGAGAUGAAGGUGAUCCUGUCACGACUCGCCAAGCAACCCCAGGCCCAGGACAGCCCUGACCAGUACGACGGCUACUGGGUAGACCUGGACGACGACUACGGUUUGCACUACGGCGAUUACGACGGCUACGAUGAUUACCAAGUCGGGUGGCAAUCGUAUGAUGACGAGUACUGGGAAGAAGCGGAUCAUGAAUAUGACGAGUCGCACGAUCAGGACAGCGACGGCGACGUCUACAAAUCAAGCGGCAAGAAGAACCCUGGCAAGCGUGGCUCAACAUUGCGUAAUACCCCAGAUUGCCCAGCAGCGACCAAAUUCAAGGGCCCGAACGCCAAGGACCAGCACGACCAGGACACGCCGUACGACAAGAAACCCAGCAAAGGCAAGGGUAAAG